AUGCGUUGGUUUACACUAUUUGAAAAACAAACACAACGAUCUUGUCUAAUAACGCCAUCAUUGCUCUCAAACUCGUUCAGCGCCUUUGAUAAUCAAUCAUCACCGCCGGCUACUCCCUCUCGAGGUUCUAAUACUGUAUUCGCUUCAACCCCCAAUCCAAUACCUAGGUCUAAACGAGUUAAAUCUAAACGUCAUCUAAAAGGAAUGAUCAUCAAUUGUAACGGUUUGAAAGGUGCAUCGCGUUUUACAGAAUUUCAAGCUCUACUUGACCUACACAACCCUGACGUUGUUCUAGGAACUGAAUCAAAGCUACACAAGGAUAUACCCACUUGCUCUGUGUUUCCACCCAACUACACUGUCUAUAGAGAAGACAGAAAUGCAAAUGGUGUUUUUCAAGCUGUUAAAUCCGAUAUUGUAUGCGAAGACUGUCCAAAAUUCGUUGCGAACUGUGAAAUUCUUUGGUCCUCAGUAAAGUUCCAGAAUACCAAGAAAUUAUACCUAGCUUCCUAUUACAGACCUCCCAACUCCUCUUCCGAAGCCCUUGAUGAGCUCCAGAAAUCUAUAAACUGUGUGUUUUAUUCGACUAAUAAUCAUCCAAAUAUUAUUCUAGGCGGUGAUUUUAAAUUAACCUUGGAGACAUCGACUGGAAACCUGAGUCACCAGCCGGAACUUACGUGA